AUGGGGAAACAGAACAGCAAGCUGACCCCUGAGGUGAUGGAGGACCUGGUGAAAAAUACAGAAUUUAAUGAACAUGAACUCAAGCAAUGGUAUAAAGGCUUUCUGAAAGACUGUCCCAGUGGUAGACUCAACCUUGAUGAGUUUCAACAGCUAUAUGUCAAGUUCUUCCCUUAUGGCGAUGCUUCAAAGUUUGCACAACAUGCAUUCAGAACCUUUGAUAAGAACGGGGAUGGUACAAUUGACUUCAGAGAGUUCAUCUGUGCCCUGUCCAUUACAUCACGAGGUAGCUUCGAACAGAAACUCAACUGGGCCUUCAACAUGUAUGACCUGGAUGGAGAUGGAAAAAUUACACGUGUAGAGAUGCUAGAAAUAAUAGAGGCUAUUUACAAAAUGGUUGGCACUGUGAUCAUGAUGAAAAUGAAUGAGGAUGGGCUGACCCCAGAGCAGCGGGUGGACAGGAUCUUUAGCAAGAUGGAUAAGAACAACGAUGACCAGAUCACACUAGACGAGUUCAAAGAGGCAGCGAAGAGCGACCCGUCUAUUGUAUUGCUUUUGCAGUGUGACAUGCAGAAGUGA